AUGGAGCUCUGCACAAACACUACCAUCACUCGUCUUCCUUCGAUCAUCAAUCGCCAUGGAAAUCUGGCGGGAAACUCUGUUCAUAGAAUCUCACUUCCUCUCCAGCGAAACCUUGCAUCACUCGUUCUUCAAUCUCUCAAUGAGUUUGGUCUAGAGAAUCGUGAUAAGGAAAUAGUUGCAGUCGAAGAGAAGAAUUUGAAUAGUGAGUCUUUUGAAGAAGAGCAAACUCAAGCAUUAGAGUUCUUGAACGAUAUAAAGCUGGACUCAAACAACACAUAUUCAAUCCUGCUAUAUGGGAGUGGCGGAAUCGUUGCUCUGUACUUAACUUCUGUAAUCGUUGGCUCACUCGAAUCAAUUCCUCUGCUUCCUAAGCUAAUGGAAGUGGUUGGUCUUGGAUACACACUCUGGUUCACGACUCGUUACUUGCUAUUUAAGAGGAACAGAGAAGAACUCAAGAUGAAGAUUAGUGAAAUAAAAAAACAGGUUAUUGGGUCUGAUAGUGAGUGA